AUGCCGGACCAACUAAACACAACGUCCACGACCAAGACGACAGCAACUGCGACGACACAGAGUGCGGGGCUCAAGUUAGUGCUGGACAUCAAAUCCGGAUUAAUCCGUAUCCGGAUUACCAAUCCGGAUCAAUCUGGUUUGAAACAACGAUCAUUAAUUUGUUUAUCCGGAUUAAAAAUUAUCAAUCCGGAUUGUGAUACCAAUCCGGAUUUUGAUAUGAAUCCGAAUUAG